AUGAAUUCACCUGUAAAUACGCCUACAAAAAAAAGAGUAAUCAAAGAUAUAUCCAAUAAUUAUGAUAAUAGUCAUCAUUUAUUAACACCCACUAGAACACCAAGUAAGAAAAGAAUAAAGUUAGAUGUUACUGAUGCAAAAAAACCAUCAUGUGUUAAGAAAUUGAAUUUUGAUAAUUUACCACCAACUCCAAAUGAAAAAGAAAGUCCUUUUUAUUCAUUUGCAAAAUCAUUAUUUCAAAGAGGUGCAAAUACAAUUUUAUAUAAUGAUAAAUUUGAAUUGAUAGGUAGAGAAGAAGAAGCACAGGAAAUUAAUAAUUUCAUAUCUACAAAUUUAAAAUCAAAUCGAUCUUCAAGUUUAUAUAUAUCGGGACCACCAGGUACUGGUAAAACAGCACAAAUCAAUUUAUCAUUGAGCAAAUUUGAAACUCAAGAUAAUGUCAAAAUUGUUCAAAUUAAUUGUAUGACAUUAAAUCAACCAGAUUCAAUUUUUCAUGAAAUUUAUUGUCAAUUAAUAAAUAAAAAUUCUUCACUUACACUUUUUAAAAAAAAGAAAACUCAUCAAGAAUUUAUAGAUUAUAUAAAUGAAGAAUUUAAGAAAGACCAUAUAAUUUUAAUAUUAGAUGAAUUAGAUUCAUUAAUUACUAAAGAUCAACAAGUUUUAUAUAAAUUAUUUCAAAUAGCUUCAAAAAAUCAAAAAUUGACUAUAAAUACUCAAUUUUCAUUUAUUGGUAUAUCAAAUACUUUAGAUUUAAGUAAUAAAUUAUUACCAAUUUUAAUUAAAUCAAACUUAUUACCUGAAACAUUACAAUUUUUACCAUAUAGUUCAAAUCAAAUAAAAUCAAUUAUUGAAAAUAGAUUAACUAGUAAUAAUUUAUUAAAUUUAUUUCAACCUAUUGCAUUACAAUUUUGUUGUAGAAAAUCAUCAAGUAUAUCUGGAGAUUUAAGAAAAUCAUUUGAUAUAGUAUAUAAAUGUAUUGAAAUGAUUGAAAAAGAGAAAGUUAAACAAAUUCAAAUGGGUCAUGUUGCAAAAAUAUGUGUAUCUACAUUUGAAAAUAAUCCAUUAAAUAAUCUUAAUUUUCUUCAAAAAGUUAUAUUAUGUCAAUUAUUUAAUUAUCAAAUUGAAAUGAAAGAAACUAUACAUACAAGAAUUAAUUUAUUUUAUGAUUAUUAUAGAAGACAACAAGAAGAAAAGAAUUUAAAAACAGUACUUGGAGCAAUUAAAUUUAGUGAAUUUAUAGAAAUAUUAAAUGCAUUAGAAAGUAAUUGCUGUAUUAAUUUAACUAAUAAUAAUAAAUUAAUUAAAUUAAAUAUUAAAUAUGACGAAUUAAAGAAAUCAAUUGAACAAGAAGAUUUAUUAAAGAAAAUACUUAAGUAAGUCAAUAAAAAGUUGAAUCAAUCAUCGUCUAAUAUAUAUUAAUGAAUUUACGACACACAGUUUACGACACACAGUUUACGACACACAGUUUACGACACAUAAUUACGACACUCAGUUUAUGACACAACUCUUAACCAGUAACAUAUUAUUAUAUAAUCUCUUACAUAACUGUUCCAUAAUAAUCAAAUUUUCUCACUCAUUAAAAAAAAAGAACCAGAAAAAAAAAAAUCAACAAAAAGUAAUAAAAGUAACAAUAAAAUUAAAUAUUGAAUUUUUAUCAAAAAGACUUAUUAUUGUAAUUUCAUUACACCUAUGAAAUUUCUUUAUAAAUGUCAUCCUCAUCUCGAAAUUAUGUAUCAAAUAAUACAAAUAAUAAUACCAAUAACAAUAGUAAUACCAACCAUAAUAACUAUUAUAAACCAUAUUAUAAACAACAACAAGAUAAUAAUAACCAGCAUCAUCGACAACGACAACAUCCUCAACUUAAUAACAACACAUGGAAUUCAAGAGAUUAUGUGAAAAAACCAUUACCAUCCUCAAAUUCUCAUACUUAUUCAUCAUAUAUACCCAAAUCCAAAUCUACUUCACCACCCCCAUCAAUACUACAUCAACCUGAAUCAAUACGGAAUAAUAAAUCAAAUAUACUACCGUCAACUAAACAAGAAAAAAUUGAACCAAAAAUUGAAGAAAAUACAGAAGUAGAAGAAGUUGAGAUAAAACCAAUUAUCAAAGAAGAACCAGUUAUAGAAGAAGAAGAUACUACAUUCGUCAAACGACCCUUGAAUAAAUUAGAAUCAGAAUUUGAAGAUUUAAAAGAAAAUUUUAAAAAAUUAAAACCAAUUAACCAGUGGGUACCUCAAAAAUUUAGUCUAAAUAAAAAAUUAUUAAUAAAUUUUAAAUUAAAUAAAGAUAAACUCACUAAAGAGCUAAAAUCUCAACAUGUUCAAAACUUGAAAAGAAAGCAACUUUUACACUCAAAUUAUCAAGUACUACAAAAAAGAGCACAAGAAGAGAGGAUAAAAAUGGAUCAACAAUUGAAAAUAUUAAAUAAAGAUAACCAUUUAAAAAAUGAAUUAGAUUCAAAUAUAAAUAACUCAUAUCUAAAUCAACCUACAUCAGGAACAAAAGAUGAAGAAAUGAGUGGGAGUGGCAAUAAUAUAAGUUUACCAACCUUAUCGUCACGAAGAAGCAGUAGAAGACAUGGUGAUUUGAUUACUUCAGAAGCUGAAUUUCAAGAAAUUUUAUUAAGUUUGGGUAAAGAAAAUGAUGAAGACCCAUUAGUUAAAGCUGAAAAAGUUGCUGCUGCCAUACCAGACCUUAUAAUUGAUCCAAUUGAAAGAAAUAAUCUCAAAUAUCUUGAUUCAAAUAAUAUAAUUAAGGAUAAAAAGAAGUGGAGUUCAAGAGUUAAAUCAGAUUUUACGGUACAUUUUAAUGAAAAAGAACAUGAAUUGUUUACUGAAGGUUUUUGUUUAUAUCCAAAAAGAUUUGGUGCAAUUUCUAGACAUAUGGGUGGUUUAAGAAGUCCAAAUGAAUGUGUAAUAUAUUAUUAUCAAACAAAAAAACUUUAUAAUUAUAAAGAAUUGGUGAUACAAUUUAGAAAAAAAGCAAGUAAAAAAGGUAGAAAACUGAAGAAAACAUCAAUCACAUCAACUACAAAAUCACCAGCUCCUGAAAUUGACGCUCCUAAUAAUAUUAUUCCCGUGACUAUUGAAAGUUCAGAAAUAGAUACUCCAAUUGAAUUGCAAAUGAGUCAAGAUACACCAAUAUUAAACUUAACAGAAGAAUUAUAUACUGAAACUGGUAGAAGAAAAAGAGCUGCUGCACCGACAAGUUUUGAAAAGAAAUCACAUAAAAAAGUUAAAACUUCAAGAAUUGAACCGGAGGAUAAUGCAUCAAUAACCGAUAUUGAUAAAUCAAAUGUUGCAACUGGAACUGCUCCUCUAUCAACACCUUCACCUUCAGCAAUUUCCACUGAUGAUGGUAAACGUAAAACAAUUUCUUCAUACUGGAGUAUUACGGAAGCAAAUGCUUUUCCUAAAUUAUUGGAAGAGUUUGGUACUAGAUGGACAGCAAUUGCUGAUAAAAUACAAACAAAAUCAACUACAAUGGUUCGAAAUUAUUAUUCAAGAAAUGCUGAGAAAAAUGGAUGGACUAUUAUUGCAGAAGAAGCUGAUUUGAAAUAUCAAAAAGAAAAUCCACCACCACCACCACCUACAGAACAACCACAAGCUCAACAACCACCACCUCAGUCUCAAUCUCAAUCUCAAACUCAUCCUGCACAACCUCAACAAACUUCAUAUACUAUUCCACAAAUCCAUUAUGUACAACAACCUAUUCAACAACAAUAUAUUCCUAUUGGAACUUUUCAUAACCCAAUGCCAAGUAUUUCAAGUAUAAUUCAGCAUCAACAACCUCAUAUUUAUCAUCAACAACCACCAUUGGUUCAACAUCAGCAUGUAAAUCCUUCAAUUAAUAAUUUAUUAUCAGAACCACCUACACAACAACAACAAAGUCAGCAUUAUCCAUAUUAUCAACCUCAAUAUCAACAAAUUCCACAAUCACGCCCACCGCAACUACAAAAAAUUCCACCAGUUAAAAGUUCAAUUAUGAGUUUAUUGAAUGACCCAAGUCCAACUAAACAAAAUCAACAAGAAUCAUCACAAUCAUCAUCUUUACCACCACCACAAUUAACUAGACCAAAAACGAAGUUGCAUGAUUUAUUAAAUGGUCCUGAUCCUAAUGAGAAUACGAAUCCCACAGCCUCUGUUUCACCAUCAACCAAUCAACAACAACAAAACAGCAAUAAUAAUAAUGGUUCCACUGCUAAUACUACUUUUAAAAGAAGUGGAAUUGCUAGUUUGUUAUCUGACUAA